GCCUUGUUUGAAGAAAAUGAAGGGCAGAUCACAGCUUUCGUUGAACCUUUUGUUAUCUUACUUAUUCUCAUCGCCAAUGCUGUUGUGGGGGUGUGGCAGGAAAGAAAUGCUGAAAGCGCCAUCGAAGCUCUUAAAGAAUAUGAACCCGAGAUGGGCAAGGUGGUUCGAUCAAACAAACAAGGUGUUCAGAAGAUAAGAGCGAGAGACAUUGUCCCUGGUGAUGUUGUGGAGAUUUCUGUCGGUGAUAAGGUACCAGCUGACAUUAGACUCAUUAAGAUUUUCUCUACGACAUUACGAGUGGACCAGUCCAUUCUUACAGGUGAAUCUGUGUCUGUGAUCAAGCAUACUGACUCUAUUCCAGAUCCAAGGGCUGUUAAUCAAGACAAAAAAAAUAUUAUCUUCUCCGGUACUAAUAUUGCAUCAGGGAAGGCUCGAGGAAUCGUAAUUGGAACUGGUUUGGAUACUGCUAUCGGUAAGAUUCGAAUAGAAAUGUCUGAGACUGAAGAGGUCAAGACACCCUUGCAACAAAAGCUUGAUGAGUUUGGUGAGCAGUUAUCCAAGGUGAUCUCAGUGAUCUGUGUGGCUGUCUGGGCUAUUAAUAUUGGCCAUUUUAAUGAUCCAGCCCAUGGUGGAUCAUGGAUCAAGGGGGCCAUUUACUAUUUCAAGAUUGCUGUUGCAUUAGCUGUAGCUGCCAUUCCAGAAGGUCUGCCUGCUGUUAUUACAACGUGUUUAGCGUUAGGAACGCGAAGAAUGGCUAAAAAGAACGCUAUAGUGAGAUCAUUACCUUCGGUGGAAACGUUAGGUUGUACCUCUGUUAUCUGUUCAGAUAAAACUGGAACUCUGACUACUAACCAGAUGUCGGUUUCUAGGUUUUUCAUCAUUAAUCGCGUAGAGGAUGAUGAUGUUGCCUUGCAUGAAUUUGAAGCAACAGGAUCCACGUACGAGCCAAUAGGAGAAAUCUUCAAAAAUGGAAGUAAAGUUCGAUGCAGUGACUAUGAUACUUUGUAUGAAUUAGCGACAAUAUGUUCAAUGUGUAAUGAUUCCAGUAUUGAUUAUAACGAGUACAAGCAAAUGUUUGAAAAGGUUGGUGAAGCAACAGAAACAGCCCUUAUUGUUCUCUCGGAAAAGAUGAACCCCUUCAACUUUGAAAAGGCUGGCCUAACCAGGAGAGAUGCUGCUUUAGCCGUAAACCAUGGUGUUCAAGCUAUGUGGAAGAAAGAAUUUACUCUGGAGUUUUCCCGUGAUCGCAAAUCUAUGAGCUCAUACUGUAUUCCUGUCAAAUCUGUUCCUUUAGGAUCUGGCCCUAAGAUGUUUGUUAAGGGUGCACCUGAAGGGAUGUUAGAUAGGUGCACUUAUGCUAGAAUUGGAAACAAAAAGAUACCUAUGACAAAUAGCAUUAAGAAGAAAAUUUUGGAUACCACUCGACAUUAUGGAACUGGGAGAGACACACUUCGCUGCCUGGGUUUGGCUACCAUUGAUGAACCACAAGCUCCAGAGGAUAUGGAUCUUGUAGAUUCCACAAAGUUCUACAUAUACGAGACGAACAUGACAUUUGUAGGAGUUGUAGGAAUGUUGGAUCCUCCUAGGAAAGAGGUGCUUGACUCUAUCCAGGAAUGUAGAGCUGCUGGUAUUCGUGUCAUUGUCAUUACUGGUGACAACAAGGCAACAGCUGAAGCCAUCUGUCGCAGAAUUGGGGUGUUUGGGGAAAAUGAGGACACCUCUGGUCUUUCCUUUUCUGGCCGGGAGUUUGAUGAUCUUUCUCUGAGUGAACAGCGAAUGGCAUGUGCUCGAGCCCGUCUCUUCUCUCGUGUUGAACCAGCUCACAAGAGCAAGAUUGUGGAAUUUCUUCAGGCAGAUGGAGAGAUCUCAGCUAUGACUGGUGAUGGUGUGAACGAUGCUCCUGCCCUGAAGAAAGCUGAAAUCGGUAUUGCCAUGGGCUCGGGAACUGCCGUCGCCAAGUCUGCCGCAGAAAUGGUGUUAGCUGAUGACAACUUUUCUACCAUUGUUGCUGCUGUAGAAGAGGGCAGAGCGAUUUACAACAACAUGAAGCAGUUUAUUCGUUAUUUGAUUUCCUCAAACAUUGGUGAAGUUGUAAGCAUUUUCCUCACAGCUGCUUUAGGUCUUCCCGAAGCUUUGAUUCCCGUCCAACUCUUGUGGGUGAAUCUAGUAACUGACGGUCUUCCAGCCACAGCCUUGGGCUUUAACCCUCCAGAUCUUGACAUCAUGGAACGUCCACCCCGUAAACCAGACGAGUCUCUAAUUUCCGGCUGGUUGUUCUUCCGCUAUAUGGCAAUCGGAGGUUAUGUUGGUGCUGGUACUGUUGGUGCUGCCGUCUGGUGGUUUAUGAUUUCUCCUACAGGACCCCACAUGAACUACUACCAACUAACUCACCAUCUCAGUUGCCAGGGUGACUCAGAAAACUUCAAAGGAAUAGACUGCAAUGUAUUCAACGACCCACAUCCCAUGACCAUGGCCUUAUCUGUGUUAGUGACAAUUGAGUAAAUGUUUCUGAAAGUAAUGCUUAUUCUAUUUCAUAUUAACUAGUCUCUCAGAAAAUCAGUCUCUUAUUGCCAUGCCUCCCUGGACAAACUUGUGGUUAGUGUCUGCAAUGGCUCUUUCCAUGACCUUACACUUCAUGAUACUCUACAUUGAUAUCCUCUCUACAAUUUUCUCUGUUUGCCCAUUGACGUUUGACGAGUGGAUGGCUGUUAUGAAGAUAUCUCUCCCGGUCCUCGUCUUAGAUGAGAUUAUGAAGUUCAUUGCACGGAACUUUAUUGAUGUUUCUCCACUUGAAAAGAAGAAAAAAGCCUAAAAGUUUGCUGAUGACGCAGAGCUUCUGCACAUUUGAGAAACUAAACCAAAAUUUCAACCAAUGUUCCACUUUGAGACUUUCUUCCUGCUGUUUAAGAUUAAGUCAGCUCAAUUCCCAUUGUUGUGGUUUAUUUAAUAUGUCCUCAUUUAUUGUUUCAUCCAUGGUUUUCAUUUGGUCUCAGCAUCAAAAAUAAAAUAUUUUACAUAUACAAGUAAAAAAAAAGCUUUAAAACAUACAUUUUGAAAAGAGACACACACAUACCUUUCAGUCACAUAAGUAAAUUAGUGUAACUCACAAUUGCAAACCCCAUUUUUCUUUCCCUCACUCAUCCCUUUCUUGAUUGAUUCAAGUUUAUUGAGGUAAUUUAUAAUCAUUGUUGUUAUUAUUAUUAUUCCUUUAUUUUCUGUUAUUUUUUGUGAAUAGACAAUUUCAUUAACACAACUAUAAGAUUUUUUCAAUGGGGCCUUUGGUUUCCAUUAAGAUGUAAUGUGAUAGUUCACUGUUACUCAACAGUUUAACAUUGUCAUUCAAGAAAGGGGAAACAUGCCUGGCCAUUUGAAACUGCACCCAUUUUUAUUUCCUUUUCUUAUUUGAUCAGUGUACUCUGGUCAGCAGUGCACAGUGAGAAAGCCUCAUCUUUCUCAUUUCUGAGUGUUUUCUCGUAAACUCUGUAGCUAGAGCUUGCUUGUUUUUUAUUUGAGUUGUUUUGACUUCGUCUUUAUUCUGCCCAUUAAGUUUGUGGUGUUAAGAAAAAAAAUUCUUAUUUGAACAAAAUUAAAAUUAUUUUUUCAAAAAAAAAAGCAGAUGUGGUGAAGUUGUGAUUUGUCUGAAAGUAUUCUUUGGAAUACCAAAACUUUAAACAACAAAGUGUCUAGUGGGAUUUGAAGGUCUUAUGUUGUUGUUGUUUGUUUUUCUCAUGCCCAUCAGUUUCCAUUCUCAUAAAUGGCAUAGUUUUUUGUAUAUACCUAGUAAUAUUCAAUAAGUUAUUUUUACACCUUCGCUAACCACUUGUGCUAAAGAUCGGAAAACUCCAUCCAAAGAUACGUGCUUGACCUUCAUUUCCAAAGCACUAAAUUCAAGGAUUGUUAGUCAUUGAUGAAAAAUCUUAGGAUGAAUAAAAUGCUUUCAUCAUGGAUGUACAAGAAUUUGAUACACUCUUUGGUGCACGGUGUGAUACUUGUGUUCUUUCUUUUCUUUUUUUUUGAAAUUUGACUAUCCUUGUUCUUGUUGUCCAAUGCAUGAUUGAAUUUUGUACAUUGACCCUUUGUACAGUAGGUAAAAAUGAAAUAAAGCCAUCUUUUAUGAUCUUAAA